CCAAACAUCAUUUCCUUAUCUUCAAACCUCUAAAGUUAUAAAGGGCUGUUUGGUUACGCAUAACGUUACAUGCAUGUCAGAUGAAAUCACAACAAGCUCUAGGUCAACAGCACAAAAAAGUCUUCAUAAACUGUUGAAUUCAUCAUGAAGCUUCAGAUAUUUCCACUGUUGACUUAUUUCUGCGUAUCGACAGCAAGUUUUGCUCCUCCAGUGGUGAACAUCAGUCUGGAUGUGCCUGCAGAUCAGAGAUGGGCUCCUCUAAAAAACCUCUAUGACGUUGACUUUUUAAAAAAAGCAGCAGCUGAAGUGAUCGACACAACUGUUCCCAAAUGGGUUCAUGAUGCUGUUAAACCUAUAGUGAGAGCUCUUGAGAAAUACAUCCCGCAACCAUAUGCUGAAGAAAUACGGGGCAUGGCAUCAAUCUACGGAAGUGACAUUUCAGAUAUUGUGCUUUUAAACUUUGCUUAUGAAGUGUCUGCGUUUUGCACCAGUAUUGUCACUCAGGAUAUAAAGGGAAAUAUAUACCAUGGCAGAAACCUGGAUUAUCCCCACAGUGUGUUAAAAAAUCUAACUCUGGACGUUCUUUUUAUUAAAAAUGGACAGUUGGCAUACAGGGGGACCACAUUUGUUGGCUAUGUUGGAUUGUGGACAGGACAGAGUGACAACAAGUUUACAGUGUCUGGCAAUCAGCGCGAUAAGGGACAUUGGUGGGAGAAUGUAAUUUCAGCUUUAUUAAAAAGAUCUCCGGUUAGCUGGCUAGUACGAGAGACUCUUGAAGAAGCUGAAGAUUUUCAGAAUGCAGUCAUGAGACUUGGAAAGGUACCAAUCAUAGCAGAUGUGUAUUACAUUGUGGGAGGAGUUCGUCCUGGUGAGGGCGUGGUCAUUACCAGAGACCGGACCGGAUCAGCAGAUAUCUGGCCUCUGGAUCCACUCAAUGAAAAUUGGUAUCGCGUCGAAACAAAUUUUGACCAUUGGCUGCCUAGUGAAGACGAUCGAAGAAACACAGCCAUGAAAGCGUUGAACACUACUGGCCAAGACCACAUAGAUAUGAAUUCUCUGUAUCAGGUUUUGUCCGUGAAUCCAGUAUGUAGAAGCCAUACAGUUUACACAACAGUCAUGAGCGCAGCUGCACCCGGAAAAUACACUACACGCGUCAGAGACACGUGUAAAAACAGCUCAAUCAGCUAAAAUUUUCAUGACGUGCUAUUGAACCUAACCAGCAAAUCCUUCUUUUUUGAUAUUUAAUAAUGGAAACAAUUGUGAUUUUAAUGUUUGGAGAACCUGAGGUGGUAAAGAUUACUUAACGGUGGUAGUCAUCACAAUGGAGGGAUUUUAGAAGACAUCUUACUACUUAAAUAAUUUUAAAAUCAAGUGCUAUGAUUGUAAAAAUUUAAAUUUGACUAACAAUCAUUCAGAAAUAUUUGUAUAAAAGUAAGUGAAAAAGUAUUUUUAAAAGUAAACAUUUUUAUUUAAUUUUCUGAAAUUCACAAUUUUAUUGCUGAAUGUUAGCACAGAUAAAACAAUAUAAUUAAAAUUUUUAACUUUUUAAAGUG